AUGGAGUUACAGUCAAGUCUUCCAACUUCUCCGGUCUCGCUCCUGUGCUCCCCACUGCCCAUGAACCUUGGCAACCAUGUUUUGAAUCCCAUUGUCAAGAACUCCCUUAAAAUCUGGUCCCAAUUCCGAAAUCACUUUAGCCUUAGACAAGUAAGCAGCUUCUCUCAAUUAACAUCUAAUCAUCUCUUCCCAGUGUCACAGAUUGACACGGCAUUCCAGUUCUGGCAUAGGAACAGUCUGGUGUUGUUUUGUGACCUAUUUGUUGAUAACACAUUCAUCUCAUUCGAUACUCUGAGGGUUGACUAUAAUAUUCCCAAUACCCACUUUUUUAGAUACUGUACCUGCAAACUCGCAGCUUUGCCAAAAAGCAUUUCCCUUCAUUUCCACUCGAGUGCACUAAGUGUCCAGUCAAGAGGUGCUUAGAUCUUAACCUGUAUCUGGAGGGCACAAUCUACAGAUUAUAUGACAUAAUACAGAACAUUAAUCUGCCUUCCUUGGCAAAUACUAAAUCUGCAUGGGAGCAAGACAUGGGUGGCGAGCUACCCGAUGAUAUAUGGCAACAAAGUAUUGAGCUUAUCCACACCUCAUCAUUUUGCAUAAGGCAGGGGCUCAUUCAGUUUAAAGUCUCCUUUACUCAAAUGACAGAUUGGCAGAAAUAUACCCAAAUGUUGACCUCAAGUGUUUCAGAUGCCACCAGAGUCCAGCGACUGUGGGACACAUGUUUGGGUCAUGUCAAUCUUUGAGUGGCUUUUGGGACCCCAUUUUUGAGGCAUUCUCACAUAUGUGUAAUACAACUGUUAGCCCCAACCCAUUCACUGCCAUUUUUGGGGUACUUCUCUUAGACCAGAAUGCUACCACCAAUCGGGCAAAUGCGAUAGCUCGCCGCCUUGUCCUCUUUCGCUGGAAGUCUGCAAAGCCGCCCUCCUUUAUGUAGUGGGUUAAGGAGGUGAUGUCAUCUCUGCCUCUGGAGAAGGUUAGAUACACUGUGCAUGGGUCCCGACAAAAGUUCAACUUAACCUGGGCCCCAUUAAUACAAUGCGUGGAGAGCCUGUCUUUUACUUAG